CGUGAAUUCCCCAAGCACGCCGGUCUCCUCAACGCAAGCCCCUCCUCAAGAUGACGAAACGAACCCGCAAGGUCGGCGUGACUGGAAAGUACGGUACCCGUUACGGUGCCUCCCUGCGUAAGCAGGUGAAAAAGAUGGAAAUCACCCAGCACGCCCGGUACACAUGCACGUUCUGCGGCAAGGACUCCGUAAAGCGCCAGGCAGUUGGUAUCUGGAAGUGCGGGUCGUGCAAGAAGGUGAUCGCGGGUGGUGCCUGGACUGUAUCGACAACAGCGGCUGCCACUGUCCGCAGCACGGUCCGCCGGUUGCGCGACCUGACCGAGGCUUAGUGUCUUGUCUGUCGUUCUCGUAUCUUCAUGCUCUGUAUUUGCCUCACGCACGUUACAUAUGUUCAUGCACUAUGAACCACUCGACUACCUUCUCCAGGACGAGGGUGCAAUGCAAUGUACUCUUAGAAACGCUGUGUCAGUGUGCACGCAAUCUCGAGUGUGGCGCAGCCA